CUCUUAUCUAUCUAUCUAUCUGUCUCCAAGCUUAAAUCCAAAACCUAAUCUUCUCUGUCUUCCUUUACCGAAAUCUGUAAUUCCCACUCUCGUAUCAAUCUCUCUCUCUCUCUGUGUAUCCAUAUUGAUUGGAGAAAUGGGUGCUCAAGUGAGAAAUUAUGGUUGUGCAACUUACCAGAAUGAAGAGGAUGCUGAUAUAAGGAAAGGUCCAUGGACUGUGGAAGAGGACGCCAUACUUGCAGAGUACGUUGCCAUCCAUGGCGAAGGAGGCUGGAACGCCGCUGCUCGCUGUGCAGGAUUGAAACGGACUGGUAAAAGCUGUAGAUUAAGAUGGUUAAACUACUUGCGGCCGGAUGUUCGUCGUGGAAACAUAACUCUCCAAGAACAGCUUUUGAUUCUUGAACUCCAUUCUCGCUGGGGCAAUAGGUGGUCGAAAAUAGCACAGUAUUUGCCGGGCAGAACAGACAAUGAAAUCAAGAACUACUGGAGAACUAGAGUCCAGAAGCAAGCAAAGCAACUGAAAUGCGAUGUUAAUAGUAAACAAUUCAGAGACGCCAUGCGCUAUAUUUGGAUGCCUCGCUUAGUAGAGCGAAUUCAAGCAGCAUCUGGAUCUUCCACGGGUCACUCCAACUACAGUAGCAUCAACCACAAUGGUGUCCCUAUAAGCAAUGAAACUGGAGAAAUAAACAACCCCAUGAUUGAGUUGGUGAUGCCAGAGCCAUCAGGAUCCUCGUUGGAGUCCUUAGACACCCAGGUUUCUCCAGUGUCAGACGUGACCGAGUAUCAAAAUCCCACAAGUGUACAAAAUGUGUCGGGUUUAUACCCAGAAGGAGAAUCAGAUAGGUGGAUAGAGAUGGAGAUGCAGAGCAAUAUAGUAAAUGGUGGAGAGUCAUUGGAGAGUUUGUGGAAUGAGGAAAAUAUUUGGUUUCUACAGCAGCAGCUAAUGUGAUAUUAAUGUAAUUAGGAUUAUGAUUUUUGAAGUAGUUUAAGUGACUCAUCAAGUGUGUGAACAUUUCAAAAUUAAAAUUAGCUAACACUACACUUAUUUAAUUGAAAA